UUUGAACACGAUGACAUCUCCAAAAUUUCUCUUCUGUCUGACGUGUUUGUUCUUCGGAAAAGUCGCUCAGACCUCUGAUCCAAAAUUCUCCUCAUCUCUUCAUCAAGUGAAGGGUUUUGUAUCAGCUAAAACUGGGGAGAACAUCACUUUGAGAUGUUUCUAUGAAGGCGAUGUUGCUUCAAGGUUUUACUGGUAUAAGCAAACUCUGGGACAGAAACCACGGCUCAUCUCUACUUUCUACAAGUAUGAAUCAAGUGGAAUAUUUCAUGAUGAAUUCAAGAACAAUCCACGCUUCACAUUGGAUAUUGUAACAGGUCAAAAUCACUUGAAGAUUACAGAUUUGAGCGUUUCAGACUCAGCUAACUACUACUGUGCAAGUUAUACAGUAUCAGUUACAUUUUCGGAGGGAACCUUAGUCAAUGUAGAAGGUUCAGGUUUGAAGGUCCCAGCUACGGUCCACCAGUCAGCGUCUGAGAGCAUCCAGCCAGGAGGCUCUGUGACUCUCAACUGUACAGUACACACUGGGACCUGUGAUGGAGAACACAGUGUUUACUGGUUCAAGAAGUCGGACGAAUCUGACCCAGGACUUAUUUACACCAAUGGAGGCAGGACUGAUCAGUGUGAGAGGAAACCCAACACACAAACACACACCUGUGUCUACAACCUGCCGAUGAAGAGUCUGAAUCUUUCUCAUGCUGGGACCUACUACUGUGCUGUUGCCUCAUGUGGACACAUUCUGUUUGGAGACGGGACCAAGCUGGAGUUAGAAGAUAAGGUGGACUCUCCUCGCUUGGUGUAUUUCUUGAGCGGUACUUUAACAUUAACCACCAUCCUGAGUGCUGUACUGGCUUUCUCGCUGUACAAGGUGAACAAGAGAAACAGCUGCCAAUCUGCAGAGAAUCAAGCAAGAUGUCCACCUCUCUCCACAGCAAAUGCAGAGGGUUACCAAGAUGCAGACGACGUUCAUUAUGCCGCUUUAAGUAUCACCCUGCCCAACAGACCCAGACGGCAGAGGAACAACACCAACGAUGAGUGUGUGUACUCCGGUGUUAAACAAUCAGGCUGAACAUGUUUCAUGUGAAUUGUGUGAGUGAAAUCUCACGAUGUGUAAUGUGGAGUUAGAUAUAGAUAGAUAGAUAAGUUUUAUUAAGAUGCAGAUUCUUU